AAACGCAAGUAGGUAUUACCUAAAACUCUUAACAUCAAUUGUUAAUAUUUUCAAUCUAAUUAGUAGGUAUUACCGAAAAAUUGGAACACCGGAUGUUAUCGGAGUUUUAAGGAACAAUAACAGUUGGUGGCCUUUAGGAUUGCUUCCCAUUUGAAUUAUUGACAAAUUAAAAUGGCAUCACAUCACUACUUUAUCUGCUUUCUUGUCAUGGUCUCUCUUAUGAUCAGAAUUAGUGAAAGUAAAGCAUGCCACCCUAAUGAUCUCAAGGGUCUCACUGAUUUCAAAGCUGCAAUACAUUCUGAUUCUUCUGGUAGGCUAAAAAACUGGAUUGGCCAAGAUUGCUGCAAUUGGCCUGGCAUUUCUUGCAAUUCUGAAACAGGCAGAGUUGUAGAAAUUAAUCUCCCUGGUUACUAUGACGCCGGCGAUGAAUUUGCUCCUUUUUUUGUAUCAAAUACUAUGAGUGGCUCAAUCUCUCCUUCAAUUACACUUCUCACUUCUUUAGAAUCUAUUGAUCUUAGUAGACUGAUUGGAUUAACAGGCCAAAUUCCUCCAUCAAUUGGUGUUCUCAAAAAUCUCAAAAAACUUACCUUACAAAACAAUCAAAUCUCUGGUGCAUUACCUGAGUCCAUUUCAAACUUGACAAAUUUAGAGUUCUUGAAUCUUGAAAAUAAUCUCUUGACGGGGAGUAUACCAGAAAAUAUUGGGAAUUUGCAAGCACUACAGGAGCUUUAUUUGUCGAAUAAUUCAUUAACUGGGAAAAUCCCAUUUUCAAUUACGAAACUACAUUCCAUUUCAGGUAUUUUCCUAGCACAAAAUCAGCUUGUGGGAGAAAUACCAUUGCCUUUAAAUCCAGGCCAAUGGUCUUCACUGCAACACUUGAGACUCGAAAAUAAUCGACUCACUGGAAUUAUACCUCCAUCAGUUGGCUACUUGACAUCACUUUUGAGAUUUUCUGUAGCAAAUAAUCAGCUUACAGGGCCUAUUCCUUCCACUAUAGGGAACUUAAAAUAUAUGCAACAAUUGAUGGUCAAUAACAAUCAGUUAUCUGUUGUGUUACCAAACUCCAUAUGUGGAGUUACUCAACUUGAUGUCCUGUUUAUUUCUCAUAACAAGAUUGUAGGACCAUUGCCUGAUUGUCUUUCUUUCUUUAAAUAUCUUCGAGAGGUCGAUGUGCCAUUCAAACGUUUGAAUUAAAACCUAUAUGUAAGAAAGAUGUAAGCCAGGAUGACUGGCCAGUGUGAAAAAUCUAUUAAGCUUUGACCAUAUGUAUUGUUUCUUCAACAGCGACUCUUCCUUCUUCUUU